AUGGACGACUACAAGUUGGUAAGUGUUAAUCUAAAUCCAGAUAGUGACAAGAGUCAUGCAGUCCAAGUUUAUUCUUUAAAAUCAAACUCAUGGAAAAGCUUGCAACCAAUCAACACGUACGUGUUUGAUUUUAAUAAAUCUCGGUUGCUGUUUAAUGGAGCUCUUCAUUGGUUAACAAAAAAGGUGAUGGUCUCAUUUAAUAUCAGUGAAGAGAGAUUUGAAGAAAUGCAACUACCAAUGCCACUAAAAUCGCUUCUUGAGAUGGUUGGACUGUUGAAAGGGCGCCCCGGUGUAUUUGGUCUUAAUGAAAAAAAUAAUUUAGAACUAUGGGCAAUGCAAGAUCAUGGAGUUCCAGAAUCUUGGACUAAACUUUACAGCAUUCGGCCGUUUCAGACAACCUCUAUGAAUUUUAUCGGGUCUUUAAGGAAUGGUACCUCUGUUUUAGUGUUACAUAUGAAACUGGGUAUUGACAAGCUAGCUAGGUAG